UGUCUUUUGUACGAAGUGUGUUCAAUCCUUUGCCCUCUCUUUCUCGCCGGCGAAGAGCUGUUUCGACUGCAGAAUAAGUAGAAUAUAAAGAAUCCCUUUCCUUGGUCUCUUCGAUCUCUGAAGGAGGAAAAGGCAGAAAACGUUCAUGGCUGCCGGUAAGAGUGGUGGGAAGAGAUAUAACCUAGGUUUUCUUAUGAAGAAGAAGAUGAAAGUUAACGGGUGGAUUAGUCUUGAACAGGGUUGUUGAUAAGUGUCACAAAAUUACCCACUGAAUGAGAGAAAGAAAAUGAUCUUGAAAUGAUGACGGUCAGAUGUCCACCUAUAGAUAGAAUCAGUAACCUUCCAAGCAAUUUGAUAGAAACUAUAUUAAUGUUGUUGCCGCUACGAGAUGCUGUGAGGACGAGUGUUUUAUCAAAAAAGUGGAGGUAUAACUGGGUCAAACUCCCACAACUUGUCUUUGAUGAUACAUUGAUCAAAAAUUCAGAUUGGGAUUGGCCAUUUGUAAGGUAUUUAAACGAAAUCGAACUGUCACCCGAACGCAGACUUAUCAAGGUUAUAUAUCAUGUUCUUUUACUUCAUAAUGGACCAAUACUGAAAUUCACCCUCUCUACUUCUCAAAUAGAACGAUGUUCUGAGAUCGACCUGUUCAUAGUUUUCCUGUCAAGGAAUGGUGUCGAGGAAUUUACUUUUGGUAUUUCUAAGUGCCAGUGUUAUGUGUUGCCUCUGUCAUUUUUUUCAUGUUCACGACUGAGACAUUUGAAACUCAGUCACUGUGAGUUUGAUCCUCCUCGUACGUUUAAUGGAUUCAGUAGGCUUGUAAGUCUAGAAUUUAACCGAGUUGACAUUCGUGAAUCUGUACUUGGAAGUUUGGUUUCUAGUUGCCCACUACUUGAACAACUAACACUGAACGGCUCCUACUCACAUUUUGAGUUCGAAGACCCCUUUGAUUUUGAGUACAUCGAAAUUCGCGACGCUCCUAACCUCAAAUUCUUAAGCAUCAGUGCCAUCUUCGGAUCUGUUCGUUUCAAAAAUACCCCUCGUCUUGCAGUAGUUUCAAUUACUUCAGAUAAUUCUGACGAUUUGAAACUUCUCAAUGAAAAAGAGGCACCUGAAAUGAUCCAUGUUUUUAGUUGUCUACCUGUAAUUGAAACUUUACAGUUGGGCUAUCGUUUUGUGAAGUUCUUGACCGUGGCCGGUGUACCUCAGAGGCUCCUGUUUACCUUAGACCACCUCAAAGUUCUUCAACUAUAUGACAUAUGUUUUGGAGAAAUUGUCAAUGUCUCCUUUCUGCUUUGCUUGAUUAAAAGCUCUCCCAACUUGAAAAGAAUUGAAAUUGAGACGAGGACCUGCUGCACUGAUGAUACAGGAUCUGUUCUAGAAUUUUUGGAAAUGCAAGACUUCUCUGAUGUCUCUUUGGAUCAACUUCGAGAAGUGCAUAUGCGAUUCAUCUCUGGCACCAGGCCUGAAUUGGAGUUUAUUAAGCUUAUAUUAGCAAAAUCCCCGUUGCUAAAGACCAUCCAUAUUGAGUCCGAUUCAGAGGAGGUUGAUGACAAUGAAAUGGGAGUAUGGAGAGAGUUAACACAGUUUCAAUGUGUCUCGCCUGAAGCAGAAAUUAUCUACAGAGAUUGCUGAUAAAAUUCAUGUCUAGCAUAUGGAUUAUAACCAUUUUGAUCAUUUUAUGGAUUUGAGAGGGUUGACAUUCAGAUACUAAAAAUCUAGGAUGGUUUUGCUUGCCCUGUUUUUUAGACCUAAUGUGACUGAAGGGAGUGACUGCUGGCAUUGAUUUUGCUUUAACAAGUGAUGGCAAUUAGGUAGUGAUGCCUUUUUCUUUCUAAAGAUUGAAUGGCACUGUUGUAAGUUGUGUAUUUAAAAAGAUGGGAUUAUGUGGCAGCUUUCAUUUUUUUGAAUGUGAUGUUUUGUUUGUUUGA